AUGGCCUCACAGCUCUCCUUCCUCUCAGACCUCACGCCUCCAUCCCUCGAACGGACAUGGCUCACAGCGCCACACCCGACACUCCCCAUCGUCGCGACCUGCAGCUCCGACAAGACCGUGCGGGUGUACUCACUCACCAACUUCAAGCUCCUCUCCACCAUCACUGGCGGCCACAAGCGUAGCGUGCGCACAUGUGCCUGGAAGCCCCACGUUCAAGGAGAAAGUGUGCUCGCGACGGGCAGCUUCGACGCGACAGUCGGGAUCUGGCGGCGAUGGGACAGCUACGGGCAGGCGGAGGGCGGCGGCACGAACUCGAGCGGGCUCAAUGGUGAUGCGGUGGAUGAGCGAGAGUCGAACGCGGAUGAUGAAGAGGAGUGGAGGUUUGCGGUGCUGCUGGACGGGCACGACAGUGAGGUGAAGUCGGUGUCGUGGUCAGCGUCGGGAAUGCUGCUGGCGACGUGUGCACGGGACAAGUCGAUCUGGAUCUGGGAGGACCUGGACGAUGGGGACAACAAUUUUGAGACGGUAGCGGUGAUGCAGGAGCACGGAGGCGACGUGAAGUGCGUUGCAUGGCACCCAAGCGAGGAGUGCCUGGCAAGCGGCGGGUACGACGACACGAUCCGAGUGUGGCGGGAGGAUUUGGACGACUGGGGUCAGGUGGCGUGCAUCAAGGGCCACGAGGGCACAGUAUGGUUCCUAGAAUGGGAGGGCAUAGAGAGCAUUCCUCGUACCGGAGCUGGUUUGGAGGAAGAAGAGCUGGUGAAGCAGUGGCGCGCGCAGCGUGCGCUGUCUGGACCGCGACUGAUCUCUUGCUCUGACGACCGCACAGUGCGUGUCUGGCGCCGACAGCCCAAGGAACGUGUUGAACAGGGUCUGAACUUUUCGGCGAACACGGGGAUCCCUAGCAUUAUUCGGCCCACGGGGACGGACGAGACAUGGGAGGCCGAUGCGGUAUUGCCGCAUGCACAUGAGCUGGCGAUCUACGGUCUUGCAUGGAGUCACCGAACUGGUCUUGUUGCUUCGACGGGUGCUGAUGGACGUAUUGUGAUCUAUGAGGAGCGAAUCGUGUUGCCCUUGACUGGUUCCGAUGCCAUGGAAAUUGAGCCUGCCACAAAGUCUUCAAUGGAGACAGAAUGGGCCAUCAUCGCUAUUAUGGACGGUGCACACGGAAUUUACGAGAUUAACCAUGCCGCCUGGGCCAAGCGGGCAGACCGUGGACUAGCGGAGAGUGAAGAAGAGGUAUUAGUAACCACUGCUGACGAUGGCAGCGUCAAAGUAUGGACGCUGCAGCGGUGA